CACUCGGAUCCAGUCGUGCCAGUUUUUCCGCCCCGUGCUUUUCUCUUUCAGCUGGAGGAACCGGAUUCGUUUGUUUGAUCGUCUCUUUAUUUACAUUCGUGUGACGCGUGCGUGUGUUUCUUCAUGUGUGGCGAACAGAAAUCAGCACGUGUUUGUGAAAGAAUGACGCUUUUGUGUCGCUGGAUUUAAUGCGCCGGACUGGGCCGAACGAGCCCGAAACACAGCGGCAUCAUUCUGGAUCAGCUGGAGUUCUGCUGUAAGAUCAGACCGUCAUCAGAUCAGCAUCAGACGCACUGUACAGCCGCCGGUUUUUCUCUCUUCGUUUCUCUCUGGGCAGACAGAGAGAGAUAGAGGGAGAGAGAGGGAGAGACACAGACAGGUGUCUCUCUUUCUCCUGUGGGUGGCCGUACGGUAGGGGCCGGAGGAUUUUGCUGCAACCUCGCCAAACGAUGACAUCACCCUCAUCCCCGCUGGGCUCGCCGUCCCCCUGCCCACCCCCGCCUCCUUCUCUCCCCUCCUCCCCCACACCGUUGUCUCCCGCCCCGUCCAGCCUCCCGCUGCCCCCCGCUCUGCCGCCCACCGGAGAGGUGAUGGUUCUGGCCCUGGGCCGUAAGAGGCAGAGGCUCCUCAUCGGCAUGUCCAUACUGCCCAACCUCUUCCUGGCGUUUCUGUUGUCCUCUGACCCGCUGCUGACCCUGGCGUCACCCUUCCAUUGCCGCCAGCCGGGACCCUCUCCCGUCCCUCAGGUGCCGAACGUCUCCGUGCGAACAGAGCCGGACGGGGGUGUAGGUCAGUGCAAGCGGGACGUGAUGAUCAACAACACACUGUCUGGUCAGACAGACUGCGACGUGGGCUACGACUACAACGUCACGGAAGGACUGAGAAAUAAUAUUGUCACAGAGUGGGAUCUGGUGUGUGCGCAGUACUGGCUGGUUCCAGUAGAGGAGGUUUGCUUCAUUCUGGGUGUCCUAACUGGCAGUCUGGGUUUGGGCUACAUGUCUGACCGAUUAGGCCGACAGAAGUCUCUGCUGGUCUCUCUGAUGUUCACUGUGGUUUUUGGAGUGCUGGUUUGUGUCUCGCCAUCUCCGCCUGUCUUCAUCACCAUGAGAUUCUGUCUGGCUGCUGCGAGCGCUGGCGUUUACAUCACGCUGUACGUCACACGUGUGGAACUCUGUGACCCUUCACUGAGGUUGUUGGCGAUGAUGAUGUCCGGCCUGAUGAUGUUUGCAGGUGAACUGUUCCUGUUGGGCGUGGCCCUCGGGUGUCACUCCUGGAGGGGUCUCUUGGGAACGGGAGCCGCGCCGUUGUCUUUAUUUCUUUGCUAUUGUAUUCCAGGGGUGUUUCCGGAGUCACCACGCUGGCUUCUGCUCUCCGAGAGGACAGGAGACUUGAAUUCCUUCAAUGAACGGAAUGAGCGGCAGAGAGAUGACGACAGCUUCACAGAAUUGGACACGGACUCGUUCUCGUCUCCUGGUCGUCCGCGCCUGUCAUUACCAGAACUGUUACACAGCAGAAACAUCUGGAAAAACCUCUGUGUGUUGGGCUUCACCUCAUUUAUCUCUCACGGCAUCAGUCACUGCUACAGCUCCUUCAGACGAGACGUCAAGGGCACCACCCCCAGUUUCUAUUGGACCUACCUGCUGUCUGUGUGUGCCGGGGGCGGGGCCUGGCUGUUGCUCUGGGCGACGGUGGAGAGAUGGGGUCGUCGUGGAAUUCUUCUCCUGGCCAUGACCUUGACUGGAAUAGCCUCUCUUAUUCUGCUCGGACUUAUGAACUAUUUGAGCGAGUCGGCCAUGACGGUGUUUUCUAUUCUGGGUCUGUUCUCAUCCCAGGCGGCCGCUUCGCUCUCCAUUCUGUUUACCGCUGAAGUCAUGCCCACUAUCAUCAGGGGAAGUGGGGUGGGAGCUGUCAUGGCUCUGGGUUGCGUGGGCCGAUUGAGUUCUCCUCUGAUGGAUCUGCGUAAUCACUACGGCUACUUCCUGCAUCACGUGGUCUACUCGUCUCUGGCUCUGCUGGCGGUUCUUUCCAUCCUGCUGCUUCCAGAGAGCAAGCGGAAACCCCUUCCACAGACACUGGCCGACGGAGAACAGUACAGACGUCCUCCGCUGGUCCGAAGGAGGAGGGAUAACGUUCCUCUUCUCGCUACUCCCAAUCCAGAGACCUAGCUGUCCUGCUUUGACCACGCGCAGUAUUUGAGGCAUCGUCCUCUCACCUUUGUAGUCAGUCCCAACACGUAUUGGUGGAGUCGGUGCACAUGGACUCCAUCCUGAUGUGUGAGGGGUGAAGGGUUAGGAACUGCAGAGCGACACUGGCUCUGUGGCACGACAGGAGAACAGAAACACUCUUGACAUCUGCGUGCAGUGCCAGUGGUGUACAUCUCAGUUCUCCAUUGAAGACUGACCCAUGUAGCGUUCAGCGGCACUUUAGUUAUAUCAAACUUCACACGGGCUUGAAAAAUUCUCAGUGGUUUUGACAUUGUAUUUAUCAUCUUUUGACACAAAACAGGUUUAAGUUCUCGCUCAAGAUGGAGGAGACAAGGAACUUGUUCUCUUGUAGUUUUUGAACAAGUGGCUGCUAUGAAUGGAGGACUCGGAGAAAACAAUGCUGGAUUUAUUUAUCAUAUUCACCUCAACCCUCUUUGUUUCAAGCACAAAGGAAUAUCCCAGUUUCAGUACAAUACAAGCUCUGUCGUCAUUCUCUGUGACAUCCCUCAGUUUGUAGAAAGUUGUGUCAGCAAUGCAAAUCUGGAUGUUUGUCUACCUGCAAUAGUAAUUCUGCCCAAAAGGGAUGAUCUAGACAACCUGAGGUUCAAAUAACAGCAAAAUUGAGCUUCAGAUGUGCCAUUUAAUCCCUCUGCUCUGUUAAAGACCUCUACCACACAUGCUGUCAUUUGAUCUUAAAUUGUGUUGAACCUGAAAUAUUCCUUUUCUCUUUGUUCUAAACACAUAAAUAUCGAGACUCCUUCAAAUCCAGGUGAACAAAACAUCAUUUGAGUGUUGACACUGUCUGGAUUAUUUGCAUUUUAUAUCUGAUGCUGUUUUGCGUUUAGUCUCUGCCUGUUGCAUUUUCAGUCAGAUUAUGAGUUAUGAUGCUUGUUAGAUUCUUUAAAUUGCACUUCAUAGUAAUUUGAAUGAUUGUGACUACUCCUAUAAUAAUCAAGGACAAUAGCUGUGAGAUGAAUGAUGAUUGCUCAAGAAUUACAAAGUAAUGAAGUAACAAUAAAAUGCUGUGCUUAUAGAAAUAAAUCUUUGAUCACUCUUAAAAUUG